UGUAAAUAAUGUUAGAACAAGAGGAUUAGUCAUACAAGUGUCUGCUCGGGCGACGUGGUAUUCCAAGACUACCUAAUAAUUUUUGGGCAAAAACGGGGAGUGAGACGAGGAGAUUGCAGGCGCCGAGAGGGUGUGGUAGCCGGAGGGAAGGGAAGAGAGCCAGCGACACAGAGUUUGAAGUUCGGCAACGAUACAGGAUUCGUCGAAACGACGGCAAGGAGGCAACAAAAUCGUCGAUAUUUGCUGGAAAGAGGUACACAUGGCUGGUUUGUUGCCGGUUGAUCCUUCUCAUCAUGCAAUGCAUGAAGGGGGGUUGCACAAGCUUUCUCAGGACAAACCAGAAGGAGCUGGCCGGUGGUAUUUCUCUAGGAAAGAAAUUGAAGAAAAUUCUCCAUCUAAACGAGAUGGCAUUGACUUGAAGAAAGAAACUUACUUGCGCAAAUCGUAUUGCACAUUUCUUCAGGAUUUGGGCAUGAGGCUUAAAGUACCUCAGGUAACUAUAGCUACAGCUAUAAUUUUUUGUCACCGGUUCUUCCUGCGCCAAUCCCAUGCAAAGAAUGACAGGAGGACUAUUGCAACUGUGUGCAUGUUUCUUGCGGGGAAGGUUGAAGAAACUCCUCGUCCUUUGAAAGAUGUUAUCCUUGUUUCUUAUGAAAUCAUUCACAAAAAGGAUCCUGCUGCUGUUCAGAGGAUAAAGCAAAAGGAGGUUUAUGAACAACAAAAAGAGUUGAUUCUACUUGGAGAAAGGGUUGUACUUGCUACCCUUGGUUUUGAUCUUAAUGUGCACCAUCCUUAUAAACCCCUUGUAGAAGCAAUAAAGAAAUUCAAGGUUGCUCAAAAUGCUCUUGCUCAAGUUGCAUGGAAUUUUGUCAAUGAUGGGCUGCGGACAUCUCUUUGCUUGCAAUUUAAACCCCACCAUAUUGCAGCUGGUGCCAUAUUCCUUGCUGCCAAGUUCCUCAAAGUAAAGCUCCCAUCAGAUGGUGAGAAGGUCUGGUGGCAGGAAUUUGAUGUUACCCCACGCCAAUUGGAGGAGGUUAGCAAUCAAAUGUUGGAACUCUAUGAGCAAAACAGAGUACCCCCCUCCCAAGGUAGUGAAGCUGAAGGAAGCACUGCAGGUGGGCCUUCUCAUAGGAUACCAUCAAAAGCUCCUCUCGCCAAUGAGGAAAAUGUAACAAAUAGUAAUUAUCGUGUUGGAAGUACCACUACCACUGGGAAGUCUGGAAACUUGAAGUCUUUGUCAUCUAAUCCACUUCAUGACCAGUUGUAUGCUGAUAAUCAUGGUGGCGCUCCAAGAGCUAUCCAAAGUCAAAAUAAUGAUGCAUCAGAUCACAAUACCGAUGGUGAAUCUAAAGAUAAUCAGCAUCCAGAUCCAGAAGCAUUGCUUGACCAGGAGAAUAUGGGAGGAGCUAAAAUGAUGUUGAUUGAUGCAGAGGCACUUGAUGAGGGUCAGGAAAGUAUUGUUGAAAGAAGUGAAACAAGAGAAGUAGGGGAAUUGAAGGAUAAGUACAAUUGCAGAAAUCUGGAGCACAGAGAAAGUGCACAUGGCCAGUCACCCAAGGAUGCUAUUAAAAUGAUUGACAAAGACAGAGUAAAGGCAGCACUGAAGCAGAGGAAGUUGCGUGGUGACAUUGCUCGGAAAACAGAGUUCAUGGAUGAGGAUGAUCUUAUUGAGAAGGAACUAGAGGAUGGUAUUGAAUUGGCAGUAGAGAGUGAGAAAGUGAAGCGGGAGAGGAAGCAAAGCUGGUCCAAGCCUUCAAGCAGAACAGAACACGAGAACUUGCUUCACCGAAAGCAUCAAGAAGAUAAUGGAGAUGGGCAUCAUCAAGGACAGAAGAGGCAGUCAUCUCGCGGACCAGAGUUAGAGAAUGUGGAAGAAGGGGAGGUGCCAGCAUUCAAUGAUGCUGGCUGGGGUUCAGCGUCCCCCAAAACUAGUCGCAAGAGAAAGCCAGGAAGCCCAGCAGACAAAUCAAUGGAGGGAAGGCAGCGACAUGAUUAUUCGACUACAUCCCAUCACCAUAAUCAUCAUGAUUUUAUGGAUGACAGAAACAGAUUGGGCCGGCUUGGUUACUCAGAUAGGGAUCACAAGAGGCAUAUACAUGAAAAUCACAUCUGAAUAAGCCUCUUUAGAAUUGAUGUUGGAUCCAUAGUGCGAGAAAACCUCAACAUAGCUGUUGUUGCAUUAUUGUUCGCAGGGGUUUUUGCUGUAAGAGAUCGUGCGUAUGAUCAGAGUCCCACUUGCGCUGCCGAAAGUAAUUUUGGCAGCCGCUGUUUAUUUUCAAGGUCCUUGAUCCCGGGGGUGAUGAUGAUUGUUACUAGUGGUCCUAUAUGUGCUUACCCCCAUCGCCCUUGCUUUACGGAGUAAUCUGUUAGAAUAAAAGCAAAAUGAACUUAGGAACACAAGGUCUCUCUCUAUCUCUCUCUCUCUCUCUCCCCGUCCUGGUGAUGGUUUAGGGUAUCUAGUUUUCGGAAGCCUCUUAUUUUUUUUUAUCCUAUUUUAUAUGAUAAUUAUAAUAUGGUUUGAUAUCUUGUCUACUUUUAUAAGCAAUCGUGAUUUAGAGUUGUCUGGCAGUUUGAUGAGUGAUUUCACAUAUUUUUAAGUGAAGUGAAGUUGUCUCAUCAUCAUUGUUUUGUUUCGAAUUGUCUCUUUUUCGGUUUAGGGUAUCUAGUUUUUGGAAGCCUCUUAUAUUUUUGGUCUUAUUUUAUAUGAAUAUUAAUUCGAAUUAUAAUAUGGUUUGAUAUCUUCUCUA